AUGUCGAGUGUCCAAAUGCAGCCUGUGAUGCCGCACGCAGGGUCUGCCAUUCCAGCUGGCAUGACGCAGCAGCAGGCCCAGGAAGUCUACAUGAGGUUCCAGCAAAUGAAGAAGCAGGGUGUUCCUCCCACAGACCCCGAGUUCAUCAAGACCCAGUCCAUCCUUGCUGCCCUUCAGCACCAAAACGAAUUGCGGAAGCAGCAAUUGCGCAUGCAACAGCAGCGGCAGGCAAUGCAGAAUGGCGUCAAUGGGGCUGCCAAUGGUGUUGACCCUGCCCGCGUCGCGAACCCGGCCGCAACAACCACCCCGUCCACAACACCGCUCGGGGCGUCCGCUCUGCCUGCGACUUCGAACGCCCCCGCUGGCAGCACCACUCCUGCGGCGCCCGCGCAGAACCAGGCCAGCCAAUUCUCACCAGCACAGCUUAACCUAUUGUGGACGCAGAUCAAGGCCUUCCGGAUGCUUGGAAAGAAUGCCGGCGUUCCUAUCCAGGUCCAAAAAGCCAUCUUCGAGCAUAGGGCCCGGCGUCGCAUGUCUCUCGCAAAACAGGACACACAGUCCCCCACCACUGCCGCUGCCGACGCAUCAGGGCAGGGUGCUAUGAAGCCUGAUGUCAACGGACCAGAUGCUCAAGACGAAGCCUCGGUUCCGCAACCCAAGGCGUUCAAGACGGUCAAGUCUCCAUAUGACGGGGGGCUCGUGCGCAAGACAAUUUCGUACAUGGAUCAUGGCCGCCGGAAGAACCGUCUCAUCAUCCCAGGCAUCUUCCCAACGGGCAUUGAUUUUGAACAGCUAAGAGCGGACCGAGAAAAGAUUGUGUUCAACCGCAUGAGCGCGAGGUACGCGGAGCUCAAAUCGCUCCCCGGAAACCUUGCCCACUGGGAUGCCUCCCAGGAUGAGCUUGUGGCAGACGACACGGCCAAGAGGAAAGCAAUCAUCGAGAUGAAGAAGCUGGCCCUGUACUCCAAGCAGCGCGCUCUGAGGGAUAGGCUCGGAAAGCAGAUGAUGCACUACGACAACCUUGCCAUGACCACGAACCGGGCCAUGUACCGUCGCAUGAAGAAGCAGAAUGUUCGGGAAGCUCGCAUCACCGAGAAGCUCGAGAAGCAGCAGCGCGACGCGCGCGAGAACCGGGAGAAGAAGAAGAUGACCGACUUCCUGCAGGCCGUCUGCAAUCACCGCCACGAAGUCCUCAACACCGGUCAGGCCCAGCGCGGCAAGAUGCAGAAGCUCAAUCGCCUCAUGUAUGCCCACCACUUCAACAUCGAAAAGGAAGAGCAGAAGAGGAUCGAACGGACAGCCAAGCAACGUCUGCAGGCGCUCAAGGCCAACGACGAAGAAGCCUACCUCAAGCUGCUCGACCAGGCCAAGGAUACUCGUAUCACCCACUUGCUCCGCCAAACCGAUGGCUUCUUGCAGCAGCUCGCCUCGUCUGUCCGGGCUCAGCAGCGGCAGGCCGCGGAACGCUAUGGCAAUGAGGUCGAUAUCCCCGAGGAAAGCGACGUCGACGAGGAUGAUGAGGACAGCAGCCGCAAGAUCGAUUACUACGCCGUUGCCCACCGCAUCAAGGAAGAGGUCACCCAGCAAGCCAGCAUCUUGGUCGGCGGUACCUUGAAGGAGUACCAGCUCAAGGGUUUACAGUGGAUGCUGUCGCUCUACAACAAUAACCUCAACGGUAUCCUCGCAGAUGAAAUGGGUCUCGGCAAAACCAUUCAGACCAUCAGUUUGAUCACGUACUUGAUCGAGAAGAAGCAGCAGAAUGGCCCAUACUUGGUUAUUGUCCCGCUCAGCACGCUGACCAAUUGGAAUUUGGAAUUCGACAAGUGGGCGCCGUCGGUUGCUAAGGUGGUGUACAAGGGUCCUCCGAAUGCGAGGAAGAUGCAGCAAGAGAAGAUCCGCCAGGGCAGGUUCCAGGUCCUGCUCACCACAUACGAGUACAUCAUCAAGGACCGGCCGCUGCUAAGCAAGAUCAAGUGGUUCCACAUGAUUAUCGAUGAGGGUCACCGCAUGAAAAAUUCAAACUCGAAGCUCAGCGCCACCAUUCAGCAAUAUUACAGCACUCGAUAUCGCCUCAUCCUCACCGGUACCCCUCUCCAGAACAACCUCGCCGAGCUAUGGGCCAUGCUCAACUUUGUCCUCCCCAACAUCUUCAAGUCCGCCAAGACCUUCGACGAGUGGUUCAACACUCCGUUCGCAAACACGGGCGGCCAAGACAAGAUGGAGCUUACCGAAGAAGAACAGAUUCUCGUCAUUCGGCGCCUGCAUAAGGUACUGCGACCGUUCCUGCUGCGUCGCCUGAAGAAGGAUGUCGAGAAAGACCUUCCAGACAAGACAGAAAAGGUUAUCAAAUGCAAAUUCUCGGCGCUGCAAGCCCGUCUGUACAAGCAGAUGGUUACGCACCAAAAGAUCGCCGUCAGCGACGGCAAGGGCGGCAAGACCGGUGCUCGCGGCUUGAGCAACAUGAUCAUGCAGCUCCGCAAGCUCUGCAACCAUCCAUUCGUGUUCGACGAGGUGGAGAACCAGAUGAACCCUGCCAAUGUCAGCAACGAUCUCCUCUGGAGAACAGCGGGCAAGUUUGAGCUCCUGGAUCGCAUUCUUCCCAAGUACAAGGCGACGGGCCAUCGUGUGUUGAUGUUCUUCCAGAUGACCGCCAUCAUGGACAUCAUGGAGGAUUUCCUCCGAUUCCGCGGCAUUCAGUACCUCCGGCUUGACGGCACCACAAAGUCGGAGGACCGGUCCGACUUGCUCAAGGAGUUCAAUCGGCCAGACUCGCCCUACUUCAUGUUCCUCCUUUCGACCCGUGCCGGUGGUCUGGGUCUGAACCUGCAGACAGCUGACACGGUCAUUAUCUACGACUCGGACUGGAAUCCCCACCAGGAUUUGCAGGCGCAGGAUCGUGCCCACCGUAUUGGCCAGAAGAACGAAGUGCGCAUUCUCCGACUGAUCAGCUCUGCAUCGGUAGAGGAGAAGAUUCUGGAGCGCGCCAGGUUCAAGCUUGACAUGGAUGGCAAAGUCAUUCAGGCGGGUCGCUUCGACAACAAGUCUUCGGAGACGGAUCGCGAUGCCAUGCUCAGGACGCUACUUGAAACUGCCGACAUGGCCGAGUCCGGCGAGCAAGAAGAGAUGGAUGACGAGGAACUCAACAUGAUUCUUGCUCGGAAUGACGAUGAGCUCGUGGUCUUCCAGAAACUGGACGAGGAGAGAGCACGGGAUCCCGUUUACGGCACAGCGCCUGGCUGCAAGGGCGUCUCACGGCUCAUGACUGAGGACGAGCUGCCGGACAUCUACCUCAACGAGGGCAAUCCGGUUGAGGAGGAGCAAGAGACGAUUCUGGGCCGUGGUGCCCGUGAGCGUGCCAGGGUUAAGUACGAUGAUGGGCUCACGGAAGAGCAGUGGCUCAUGGCAGUCGAUGAUGAUGAAGACACGCCCGAGGCCGCCGCGGCACGGAAAGCGGCCCGCAAGGCGAGGCGCGAGGCGAACAAGCUCAAGCGCAUGGCCCUCAUGAACGCGUCCAUGGAGAACUCGCCGUCGGCCAGCCGCGCCAGCACCGAGGAAGUCGAGACUCCGGUCAAGAAGCGCGGGCGCAAACCCGGCAGCAAGAACCAGGAGAAGCGCAAGGCGGAAGAAGGCGAUGACGAGCCACCCGCUAAGAAGCGCCGGGGACCGCAGGGACGUCCCAAGGCAGUUAGCGCCAACAGCGCCGACAGCCGGCUGGCACCCGACGUCCGCGACAAGCUGCAGAAGGCCCUGAAGCGCAUCUUUGACGGGCUGAUGAACUUUGAGGUGGAAGACGAUGAGCCGGCAGAGAAGGUCGAAAAGGACGACGAUGACGGGCCGCCAACGCGUCUCAUCAUCGGGCCGUUUGUCAAGCUCCCGCCCAAGCGCGAGUGGGCCGACUACUACCUCAUCAUCACCAACCCCAUCUGUAUGAACGACAUCCAGAAGAAGAUCAAGCGAGAGGAGUACCGUAGCCUGGCCGAUAUGCGCAAGGAUCUCGAGCUGAUGGUCAGCAACUGUCGGACAUUCAACGAGGAGAGCAGCGGCAUCUGCCAGGAUGUCAAUUUGCUAGAGGCCUUCUUCAAGUCUCAAUUAGAGAAAGAACUAGCUGCCAGCCCAGAGCUGCGCGCCCUGGAAGAAGGUUCUGCCAGCAAAGAUGGCUCGGCCGCGCCACCCUCCUCGACGGCGGCCACCACGGCGGACGGCACCCCGCAGCCGACAGCCAGUGGGCCGCCUACGCGCAUCAAGCUGGUGUCGUCAUCGUCGGCAGCGGCCGGCGCGUCGGUCGCUAAUGGCGCUGGAAGUGCAAGCGGCAGCGGUAGCGGGGGAAGCAGCAGUAGCAUGGUUAAUGGCGAUGGCGGGCUGAGUGAUGAGGAGUAG